GAGAGAACGAGUCUUUUUCUUCCUCUCCCAUCAUCCCCAUCUUUCUAACUUGGGAUUUUCUUGAGAUUCGACCAGCGUCCUUCUCAGGUGCCCAUCAUGAAGACCACUUGGAAAGACAUCGCUCCUGUGCCCACGAGCCAGGAGUUUUUGGAUAUUGUCCUCAGCCGUACCCAGAGACAGCUGCCGACUCAAAUCCGUGCUGGUUUCAAGAUCAGUCGUAUCAGAGGCUUCUAUACUCGUAAGGUCAAAUACACCCAGGAGACCUUCUGCGAAAAGUUCCAGGCCAUUCUCGAUGGAUUCCCCCGACUGCAGGAUAUUCAUCCUUUCCACAAGGAUUUGAUGAACACUCUUUACGAUGCCGACCAUUUCCGUAUCGCGCUCGGCCAGGUUUCCACGGCCAAACACUUGAUCGAAACCGUGUCUCGCGACUACGUCCGUCUUAUCAAAUAUGCGCAGUCUCUUUUCCAGUGCAAGCAACUGAAGCGCGCCGCUCUGGGUCGUAUGGCCACCAUCUGCCGACGUCUCAAAGACCCUCUCGUCUACCUGGAGCAGGUCCGCCAGCAUUUGGGCCGUUUGCCCUCCAUCGACCCCAACACCCGUACCCUUCUGAUCUGCGGGUACCCCAACGUCGGAAAGUCCAGCUUCCUGCGCAGCAUCACCCGUGCGGAUGUCGACGUUCAGCCCUACGCUUUCACCACGAAGAGUUUGUUCGUCGGUCACUUCGACUACAAGUACCUGCGAUUCCAGGCCAUCGACACGCCCGGUAUUCUGGACCACCCUCUGGAGGAGAUGAACACCAUUGAAAUGCAGUCCAUCACCGCCAUUGCCCAUCUUCGGUCCGCCGUUAUGUACUUCAUGGAUCUCUCCGAGCAGUGUGGCUACUCCGUGGGCGACCAGAUCAAGCUGUUCCAGAGCAUCAAGCCUCUUUUCGCCAACAAGAUCGUGUUCCUCGUCAUCAACAAGAUUGACGUGCGACGUCCCGAGGACCUCGAACCCGAAUAUCAGCAGGAGCUUGAGGCCAUCCUCAAGGCCGACGACGUCGAGCUGCUGCAGCUGUCCUGCACCACCACCGAGGGUGUGACGAAUGUGAAGAACGCCGCUUGCGACAAGCUCCUUGCCGAGCGUGUUGCGCAGAAGCUGAAGUCCGGAUCCAACAGCGCCGGUACCCCCGGUGGACGCCUGGGCGACGUUCUGGCCCGUAUCCACGUGGCCAAGCCCAUGGGUGGGGUGCAGCGCGAGACCUUCAUUCCCGACGCCGUGCACUCGCUCAAGAAGUACGACAAGGAAGAUCCCGACCGCAAGAUGCUGGAGAGGGAUAUCGAGGAGGAGAACGGCGGUGCCGGUGUCUACAACAUCGAUCUCAAGAAGACCUACCUGCUGGAGAACGACGAGUGGAAGCACGACAAGAUCCCCGAGGUGUGGAACGGCAAGAACGUCUACGACUUUGUGGAUCCCGAUAUCGAGGCGAAGCUGGCCACCCUGGAGGAGGAGGAAGAGAAGCUGCAGGCGGACGGAUUCUACGAGUCCGACGACGAAGUGGAGGAGGCCGAGGAUGCCGAGCUGCGCAUGAAGGCCGACCUGAUCCGCGAGAAGCACGCCAUGAUGCGCAACGAGGCCAAGAUGCGCAAGUCGCUGAAGAACCGCGCGGCCAUCCCCCGAAGCGCCAAGGCCAAGCGCCUGUCCCAGAUGGAGUCCGCGCUGGAGGAAGCCGGUUACGAUGUCGACGCCGCCUCCGCCCGUGCUCGCACCCAGAGCCGUGGCCGCCCCGCCACGCGCGGCGAGCCCAACGACGACGCCAUGGAUGUGGACAUGUCGGACCCUCGCCAGGCCAUCGCCAAGGCCAAGGGCCGUGCUCGCAGCCAGGCUGCCACGGAUCGUCUGCACGACGGUGUGACGGACGAGCUUGCGCGCAGCAAGGCCGAUCGUCUGGCCAAGCUGGGCCAGAAGAAGAUGAACCGGAUGGCAAGAGCUGGAGAAGCCGAUCGACACACGACCGCGUCUCUGCCCAAGCAUCUGUUCGCCGGCAAACGAACCAUCGGCAAGACCCAACGUCGGUAAACGGCCUCGGGCCCAUGAUGCGACGAAGUCUGCCUUUAAUAUCUUUCAUCAUCAUCGUAUACAGUUAUCGGUCAUGAACUGGGUGUCUUCACAAAAGAAAAAGGCGUCGGGUGUUGUGUUUGUUUCCUUUCUUUUGUUUCUCACGGUCUCUGGAUGACACAAUUCCGCGUAAAUACCUGGCAGAGGAGCUUGACCUUUUGCUACUUUUUAUUUAGCUAUUCUGACGUUCUGCUUGAUGUUGAUAUGUCUGUCUCUGCAAUGAAAACGCCGAGGUCCACUAGAAG